GUGUUUAGGCGAAUUUAUUUUGUUUGUUCUUUAACGUGUGCUAUUAAUAUAUAAAUAACCGAUCAAUUACUAAAUAUAAGCAGCCUAUUCUAAAAGUGUGGUGUUUAGAAAGUUAAUUUUUCAAAAUGGUAGUAGUUUCGCAUUCAUUUUCGGAACCGGAGGGUAUUAUUAUGCAAACUCCUUCCACUAAAUUACUUGUAAACGAUCAAGAAUUAGGAACUGCAACCUUAUACAUAACCCAUCAUGAUGUUGUAUGGGGAGGUGGUGUAGGAAGCAAUGGAGGUCCAUCCCCCACAAUCUCUCUGUUGUACCCAAACAUCUCAUUACAUGCUAUACAGAGGGAACCUACCCCAGCAUUGUAUAUGGUGCUUAGCUAUGAACUCAGACUACCAGAGCUGACGACACAGUCUGGUGAAGCUGGUGAUGAUGAUGAUGACUUUGAUGUUGAUGAUCAACCUAUCACACAGUUACGGUUCAUUCCACAAGAUGAAGGUGAUCUUCAGCAGAUGUACUCUGCCAUGAGUCAGGGUCAGGCUCUACAUCCUGACCCUACCGAUGAGGUUGAUGAUGAUGAUCCAUAUCUUGAUGGAGAGGAUUUUAAUGAAGGUGAGGAAGAAUUUGAGGAUGCAGAAGAGAUUGAGGAGGCACCAGCUGAACGUAUGAGACAACUCCGUCUCGAGAACUCUAAUGGAGUACAUUAUCAAGACUGUGAAGAUGCGGAGAUUGGUGAGGAAUAAAUAAUUCCAUUACAUUUACUUGUGUUUCUAUUUUGUGUUAUUUUUGUACGCUGGAUGUUAUUUCAUUUUGAAUUAAU